AAACUCGAAUGAUGUUUAUUUCGUCGUGUUGCUUGUUGACUGCAUUGAUUCUUAGUCCAUUAUUUCAUUAUAUCUGGUUGCGAUUGGGUACCGGAAAUGCGAAUUUCUAUUUUGCUGCAUCGUUGGUGCAUGUGCUGGGACAGGUAACCGAAAAAACCAAUUGGAUCAUUUCAAACUUAACUGAUCAGUUAAUAUUGACCAAUAUUAUGUUUUUCUGA